AUGAAUGAAUUAAGAAGUUCAAAUAAAAUGGAACAUAACCAAUUACUACUUGUAGAAGAAAUAUUGUCAGCAUCUAAGAGGAAAAGUGAAAGAGGAAGAAGAUACAAUAAAGAAUGGGUUAUGUUGUGUAUGUUCUUUCAUAUUCGGUCACUGUCUGGAUAUGCAUACCUUAGAAAUAAUAACAUUUUGCCAUUACCAUGUACAAGAACCAUAAGAAAGUACUUAUCAAUAAUAAAUACUUCUUGUGGUUUUGACCCAAAGUUCUUUGAAAUUUUUAAAAUGAAUCUUUCAACAAAACCUGAAAUGCAAAAACCUGGUUUAUUACUGUUGGAUGAGAUGAGUGUUAGAGAAAGCAUUUCAGUAAAUUCAAAGACCGUCACUUAUUCUGGGUUAAUUGAUUUUGGACCAAAGGAUGAAGAUUUAACCAGUUUACCAAAGCCCACUUCCUUAAACGAUAAGGCAACACAUGCCUUAGUGUUUAUGUUCCAGCCACUGGCUGGCAAUUAUACACAGCCAAUAGCAGUGAUUGCCCAGUGGCCAGUUAAAGGGGUAACACUUGCUCAACUUAUCAUUAAAGCAACUAUUUUGUUAGAAAAAUCUGGUGCAUAUGUUCAUGGGUUUAUUGCCGAUGGUGCUCAAACAAACAGGAAAGUUUGGAACGAAUAUGGUUUAAGAGGCAAGCUAAAUAAUUGCCAAAACUAUGUUGAACAUUUUGUCGAUCCAGAAAGAAAAUUUUUUGCAUUUUCGGACACACCACAUUUGCUAAAAAAUAUCAGAAAUCGUUUUUAUAAUAAAAAAGAACUUGAGGUAAGUGUAACUUGA